AUGUUUUCAAGUAGAAUUGUCGCUGCUGAUUUUUACCUCGCCAAACCCAUUCAAAAAUUGGAUGCAUGUUACUCGGAUUUUCGACGAUGCCCAACCAAACGAGUUCCGGUCGUUCGAAUAUUUGGUGCUACACCGGCUGGCCAAAAGACUUGCCUUCAUGUACAUGGCGUUUUCCCCUAUCUUUAUGUCCCUUAUGAUGGUAGUCUGCCUGUUAGUAAAUACUUAUUAGAGUUUGCUAAUAGCAUCGAUAAAGCUAUUCAUGUCGCUACCGGUGUCAAAUCAACCGAUCAGGAUACAUCGAAUAUGGCUUGGCAACAAGUCGUUUUUAAAAUAGCCAUCGUCAAUGGAAUGCCCAUGUAUGGAUACUACAACGAAGAAAAACAGUUUAUGAAGAUUUAUUUAUAUAAUCCAAAUCUAGUAGGGAAGGUUGCAGAGUUAUUAUUAGCCGGUGCUAUCAUGAAUAAAGUCUUUCAACCGCACGAAUCGCAUAUUCCAUUCAUUUUGCAAUUUUUCAUCGAUUAUAAUUUAUAUGGGAUGAACUUAAUCAAGCUUGCUGUUGUUAAAUUUCGCGCCCCAUUGAAUGAAGAUAGUGAGUAUUUCAGAAUUGAUUUAGGAAUAAAUCCUGGUAUUAAAGCAAUAUGGGAUGACGAAAUUCAACGUAGAAAGAAUAAAGGCGAAUCCUCACAGCUAACGCCGCCGGCUUCUCAAGGUAAAAUUGAUUAA